CAGCACAACCGAAAGAAGAGCCUGCAGCUGCUGCUGGAGCUGCUCCUGCACUGCACUCCAGCUCUCGCAGUCUUUGUCGAUGCGCCUCGUCGGGCCGGGCUGUCAGUCGGUCUUCCUUUCUUUGCUCGAUUCUAUCGUAUGAACUUUUUCCUCGGAGGACGAGGCGGUGAGGUGGAUGUGGACGUUGUUGGCAGCUGCGAUUCGUCCCGGGCAAUUGUGAUUGUGAUUGUGAAUGUGAUUGUGAUUGUCGCCGAGGCCGACCGAGGUGUUGGUGCGCGAUGGCUGCAGUUGCAGAAGGCUGUCAGAUUGAGAGUUUGUUCCGUGUGAGAGUGGAUGUGCGUUGCAGGAGACGUGAUUGAGUUCCGAGUGAGAUUUUUUCCUCCUGCUUCGUUGCAGGGGUGAGGGAUCGAAAAGCGGGCGCGAGUGUGAAGGACAUGAGUGAGUUGGAUUGAGGCAGGGAGCGAAGGAAGAGUGGACAGAAUGGCCAGCGCUCGGCAGCCGGAGCGGAAAUCGAGCAAGAGUAAGGGCAAGCAGAGUGUGCAAGAUUCGAUGGGAACGGAAAAAGGUUUAGCCGAGGGUUCUGGUAGUGUGUCGAGUUGGAAUGAGAGCGUUGAUCGAUUACUCGAUGCAUCGCCACGAUACACGUCCGCUGUGCGCGCUGCCUACUCCCGAUUCUGCCUUCCAACGCCUGAAUCUGCUAUCCCUCCAGCUCUUCUACUCUCAGCUCUUCAAUAUUUUCUGCAGAAAAUAAUCGAAGAUCUCGAUGUGAAAGCGGGGAAGCUCUGCCUUCGACCUGUGACACAGGAUGAUGUUGAUACGAUCAUGGAGAGCGACGAAACCCUAGCACGGAAGCAGGGUCAGCUAUUUGAUUUCGGGACAUUCGAUCUUUGUGCACGUUGUCUUCUGAAGCGUGUGGCGCUUGACCGAGGAAAGCGUCUUGGACUUUUCAUGUUAGGAGGAGUAAUUGUGGUGCACAUGGCCAAGAGCACGGUGAAAAGGAUCCCAUUCAUCGGUCCCCCUGUCAGCGCGUUCGUGAACGCUCUGGUGCCUACAACUCUUAUGGGUCCUGCUGUGGGUGUCGCGGGAGCAAUGUACCUGUAACUAAACUUUUACAUCUCCAGAUGUACACAAUUUGCAGACUACACCUUCACCGCCUCCCUGUGUUGAGGGCAAGUAGUCUCGAAAACAACCUGCUGUGCCCUUAUGUUCUUCUGAGGAUCUGGGGGCGGCCAGAUGGUCCUUUCUGAAGAGGAGUCUCAUUCUCUGGCUGAAUUGACAAAUGUACAUACGUGGCUUCUUAGAAACGUGUGACAGUGUCUCCUCAAAGACACGAUACUCUUCUCUAGUUUGGCUCGGCAGUAUUAUUCAAUUAGUGUACUGGCUCUGUCUCUCCACUCUUCAGGCAUCGCGGCCCAAGCCGCCGGAUGGGGUUUUCGUACGUCUGGUCUUUGCGUGCAUCUAAAUAUGAAAAAUAUAUGUACCUGAGUACGAUCAAUGUGACGGAGGCUACCUUCGCAAUCAUUACAGGAUGCUGUUCAUCACAACAGCGCACGCAUUCAAAGCCGAAAUCUCUGUACAACCUGUAGAUGUUCCUUGAAGGAGGAAUUGGCUAUCAAUUCUUGGUAGUCGGGCUGUCUUCGCUUUAUAAAUCUGCCGUUGAAUAACAUUGAUUUUCUUGCAUCA